GUAUACAAGAAAUCUUGUGGACAAUGGAAAUGGAAAGUUCAACUUGAUGAUCUUGUGCUGGGGUGAAGGGCAUGGCAGCAGCAUCCAUGAUCACACUGAUUCACACUGCUUUAUGAAGAUCCUCCAGGGAAAUCUAAAGGAGACUCUGUUUGAGUGGCCUGAGAAGAAAGGGAAUGGUGAAAUGGCCAAGAAAUCAGAACGAGUUUUGAGGGAAAAUCAAUGUGCCUAUAUUAAUGACUCCAUUGGCCUGCACCGCGUGGAGAACAUAAGCCACACAGAGACUGCUGUUAGCCUGCAUUUGUACAGCCCGCCCUUUGACAGCUGUAACACCUUUGAUCAGAGGACUGGACACAAGCACAAAGUCAAGAUGACCUUCUACAGCCAGUUUGGAGAGAGGACUCUCUGCGCGACAGCAGUGCCACAGGAGAACAACUGAGAAGCACCACCAUGCAUUUGCAUAAGACCUGCUGAAUGUUUAACCAGGGACAGAAGACUUGCAUGGCUAAGGCAGACAGCCACCUCUAUUUCUAUACCUUGUACAUAGGAGUACACUAGGGCAGCGUCCAGGCCACCCGCAGUUCCCCCGAGCGAAUGCCAAUUAUGGGACAUUAAGCUAACUAGUGCCAUAAACUACUUCAGAGGUUAGAUGCCUUUUCUUAGGCUCCUGUCAGAAUUAAGUAGUUUGUUUUCUGAUUCUAGCCUCCUUUUAAUUCCACUUCUGAUACCACACUGAGAAUAUCAGAAAUAGGGUUUUUAAACAUCAUCUGACACUACCUAAUAGGCCUACACGUAUGUAUGCUCUCAAUGUAAUUAAUAACUAUAUAAACUUCUAAGCUUCCAGUCACUUGUACCUAUGUGUAGUACACUAGAUAC